ACUCAAAAUAUGUUUGCCCCUAUAUUUAGUCACAAUCAAUGCACUUUGGUGGAAGGAAGACUAAUGGUAGUGAAUGUUUUACUAGCACAUGGAAUGGUAAAGAAUUUGCACAAGCAGCAUAUUAGUUCAUGUUGUGCUCUUAAGAUUGAUUUGAUGGAAGCUUUUGACUUUGUCCAUUGGGAUUUUGUUUUCCAAAUUUUGGAUGCUCUUGGAUUCCCCCCUCUUUUCAUAAAUUGGCUGGUUUCUUGUAUUACUACUCCAAAGUUCUUUAUGGUUUUCAAUGGGAAUCUUGUAGGAUAUUUUCCUGGGAAGAAUGGUAUCAAGCAAGCCGAAGGACAGUUUGCCUAUCACCCUAAAUGUGCAAAGGUUAAACUCACCCACCUUUGCUUUGCAAAUGACCUUAUCAUUUUUAUAGAUGGAAAGGCAUCCUCUCUAGCUACAAUUGUUGACACUUUGAAGAGCUUCUAUUCUAUUUCUGGUUUGAAGGUACCUGGGAGUAGCUUUAAUCACAGGAAGACUAACAGAAAAAGAUCUAAAGCCAUUGGUAAGUUGUUUGAUCUGCUAAACUGGUCAGACAAAUACUUCAUGGUUCUACUUUUGACCAAAGAGUACUGCCAUGAAGUAAGUGUCUGGCGAGUUUAAUAUGUUUGAAUAAUCCAAAGAGCGUUCAGAAAGCGAUGGGAAUUGCCGAAUAAUCCAAAGAGCGUUCAGAAAGCGAUGGGAAUUGCCGAAUAAACAUGCUAAACUGGUCUGUGAGUGUCUGAGGAGUGUUCAGAAAGCGAUGGGGAGCUAAGAAAACGACGGACUAUAUGAAUAAUCCAAAAAGUAUGAAAACUAAGAAAGCUUUAAGAAUUUUUGAAAGCAUUGUGUACUAUCGAAGAUGACUGAUAAACUUGAAGAUCCAGUUUCUCUAGAUGAAGAAAUUAGCUUGGAAGCAGGGGAGUCAGUAGCUUGGAAUCAAAAACAAAUCAUUGUGUUGUAUCUCUAAAGGAGAUCUGGUAUGGACAACAUCUAGAAGAGCACUUCGGCAAACUAAAGUUGGUGGAACUCACCUGUUUUCCUAAGAGAUCAACUUUUCUUCCGCCCCCUUUCUUCCAGUCUUUGCCCAGUCUUGAAAAACUUGUUGUGAGGAAUUCUUUCUUCAAUGAAGUAUUCCGAUGUGA